CCUGGAGGCGGGAGCGAAGUCUCGCGAGAAGAGGCAGUUGCCGUAGCGGAGCCCUCUGGGUCUGUGCGAGUGAGUGAGUGGAUGUGAGCCGCCGCCGCCGGAGCUGCGGACGGUUUGCCGAGCCCGUUAGCGCCGCUGGCCCAGAGCCCCGCCGCCGUCAUGUCCCGAUACCUGCGCCCCCCCAACACGUCUCUGUUCGUCAGAAACGUGGCGGACGACACCAGGUCUGAAGAUUUACGUCGGGAAUUUGGUCGUUAUGGUCCAAUAGUAGAUGUUUAUGUUCCACUUGAUUUCUACACUCGACGUCCAAGAGGAUUUGCAUAUGUUCAAUUUGAGGAUGUUCGUGAUGCUGAAGAUGCUUUACAUAAUUUGGACAGAAAAUGGAUUUGUGGGCGUCAAAUUGAAAUACAGUUCGCACAGGGGGAUCGGAAGACACCAAAUCAAAUGAAAGCCAAGGAAGGGAGGAAUGUAUACAGCUCUUCACGAUACGACGAUUAUGACCGAUAUAGACGUUCUCGAAGCCGAAGUUAUGAAAGGAGGAGAUCAAGGAGUCGGUCCUUUGAUUAUAACUAUAGGAGAUCUUACAGUCCUAGAAACAGUAGACCGACUGGAAGACCACGGCGUAGCCGAAGCCAUUCCGACAAUGAUAGAUUCAAACACCGAAAUCGAUCUUUUUCAAGAUCUAAAUCCAAUUCAAGAUCACGGUCCAAGUCCCAGCCCAAGAAAGAAAUGAAGGCUAAAUCACGUUCUAGGUCUGCAUCUCACACCAAAACUAGAGGCACCUCUAAAACAGAUUCCAAAACACAUUAUAAGUCUGGCUCAAGAUAUGAAAAGGAAUCAAGGAAAAAAGAACCACCUAGAUCCAAAUCUCAGUCAAGAUCACAGUCUAGGUCUAGGUCAAAAUCUAGAUCAAGGUCUUGGACUAGUCCCAAGUCCAGUGGCCACUGAUAGUAUAAAUCAUGAUACUUCUAGGCAUGUAUCAUUCAUUUACUCAUAGUUUGGUAUACUUAAAUUAUCAGGAAUACAAUGUUGCAAUGAUGCGUUUAAAAACAAACAAACUUAACUUGUUAGUUUUCCCUGUACUGGGCAAUGGUUAUAAUUAAAAUGAUAUGCUGUUGAGAAGCCACUCUUAAGAGUCCAGUUUGUUUAAUGUUAUGGGCAGCUACCAAUUUGUGGUGUCUCUGUAUAUUUUUGUAAAGAUUCUCAUUUUUUAUGCUUGAAGUAUUUGGUGAAAAGAUGUUGGUUGACCAUAAUUUGCAACAUUGUCUUAUUAAAAAAUAAAUUUUCAUAUCCAUAUUUGGUAGAACUGUUAACCUAGAACUGUAGCUUGCUAAUACGAUAGAAUGAUACAGAAGUGAAGUGGUAGCCACAUUACAACACUGACUGCUCAGACACAUUUAGGUUCAGGGUGGACCUUUAUGUCUUGUCAAGAUGUCUAAGCCCAUGGUGAUUAUUUAUGAUGCAAUGUGGAAUAGUUCUUUUGUUAACUCCACUGUCUGGGGAUUGAUGCCAACUGGGUUAAAGAGCGCUUUCAGGGAGCUUGACCUUUUCACUGAAACAUGGAGCCUUCACUGCUUUCCCCCCAAACCUCAAUCCCUGCUGGUUUCUAAGAUUUGGAAUAUUAAAACAUAAGGGAAAAGAACCUCCUCCUUAAGUUUUGAGUGUGUCAAUGAACUCAGAAAUCAUUUUAAGGGGAAAAGACUGUUCUUAGCAUAGUUUCUCUAAAAUUUAACUAUUGUUGAUCAUUGUUAUGUAGGGGUUUUGUUUUUGUUUGUUUUUUCUGUUAGAAACAAGUAAACUGUUGGAAAAUACAUUUCGUUUGUUUAUAUGCAUAGUGUAAAACUGAAUUUUGAUGCUCACAGCACUUGACAUGUGCAUUUGUAUCAAAAUCCGCCUGCUUCAUAGGAGAGGCUUGCUCUUUACACCUCAGUUUAUUAAUGUGAGACAAGUUAAGAUGACACUCCUAGGUGAUUCUGUGGUGCCGUGAAUUUUUGGGGAAAGUUGAGUUUUACGCAAAAGCCACAUCACUUAGUUUUUGGUAAUGUAGGACAUGACUAAAAAAAUAACUUACCUUAAAUAUUUAUAGUUUCUAGUCUUCUCUUCAAGAUUGUUUUGGAGGCAAUAAAGUGACUUGAAAUGUCCGGUGUCAUUUCAGAAUACAAAGCUAGUGUCUCUAAAAUCUUAGACUCCUUGCUUACAGAUGUGAGUGAAGAUAUUGUGGGGGACGAUCCUCUUAGAGGAUCACCUUACUUUUCCUUUCAAUUUUGUUUUUAGAAAUCUAGUCCUUGCUUGUAGACUACAAAAGAUGGUUUUAAGAACUGUUUGUGGAAUGUGUUUGGAGGGUUAAUUCUAGAACCUUUGUAUAUUUAAUAGUAUUUCUAACUUUUGUUUCUUUACUGUUUGCAGUUAAUGUUCUUGUUCUGCUAUGCAAUCAUUUAUAUGCACGUUUCUUUAAUUUUUUUAGAUUUUCCUGGAUGUAUAGUUUAAACAACAAAGUCUAUUUAAAACUGUAGCGGUAGUUUGCAGUUCUAGCAAAGAGGAAAGUUGUGGGGUUAAACUUUGUAUUUUCUUUCUUAUAGAAGCUUCUAAAAAGGUAUUUUUAUAUGUUCUUUUUAACAAAUAUUGUGUACAACCUUUAAAACACCAAUGUUUGGAUCAAAACAAGACCCAGCUUAUUUUCUGCUUGCUGUAAAUUAAGCAAAGAUGCUAUAAUAAAAACAAAAUGAAGGAAAUAAUGAUUAACUGGAAUUAUUAUAGUUCUGAAUGAGUCUAAAAUAAUGGAAAUAGUCCUUUGUAGCUUUAGGAAUAUUUUAAUCAGUCUUGACAUUAGGAACAACUACCCUACUCUGGGAAUGAUAGAACUUGCCAGAAAUCUACAUCUUUUACAUAGUACUUAAGAAAUUUCCUUAUGCUAAAAUCAUGUUGUGAUUGCUCAUUAAGCCUCUUGGGUUAAAUAAUCUAAAGAGGUUAUUUAGUAGUAUUGGUAAACAUUAAAAUGAAAAUUUGGGCAAGCUAACUAUAAAUUUAUAUUUUCAUUAUUAUAAAGAAUCCUGCUCGUUCCCCUUCCUGAACAAGAAUACUGGGUUUUAUGUUUAUGACAUGAUUUAAAUUAUUUUUCAUUGUAUUUGUUGGUGAGCAUUUAAAUGAUAACCACUUCCACGGGGUGGUUUCAGUAUUUUUUUUUUCUUGGAUUAAAUUCUAGCUAUUUUGCGGUUAACAAAGCUGGUAAUUUAUUAUUUAUGCUGUGCCAGACAUUGUUCAAGAGUCUUUGUUGAUUCGUUCACCCUUCACAACACCCUUUAAGGAAGAUUUACCCCCACAUAUCAGGAAACUAAGGCACAGAGAAAAAGCUGUAAAUGACAGAGUCAAGAUUUGAGCCCAUAUUUGAUCCUUUUUUUUUUUUAGAAACAGUAGUUGAAGGGGUAGCUCUAUAAAGUCACGCUCAGUCUAUAGAGCUAGAAGGCCUGGUGCUGGUUGGUGUUCACACCCAGACUGUUAGCUUGAGAGUUACCUGUUGGUUAUGAAAUGGUGUGCCCAGCAGAGCUUCCCAAGGACUAUAUACAGUCACACUCAUGUAGGAGUCUGAUGACACCAGGUGAGGAGUUUUACAUUUUUAAGCUAAAUUUGGAUCAUGAUAAGUUUCCAUGGUCGAUAAGACCCUCUUCUGUUGUGCAUAGCAGUGGGCUCUAUUGAAUAGGAUAGUCGUGUCAAGAUUCAAGUGAAGGCUGACACUUCGCCUCUUUUUACUUAAGAAAUCUGCUUGUUUUUUUUUUUUUUUUUUUUUUUUAAAUAAGCCAAGUAAGCAAGAAGAAAAGUGAGAUAAUGAAUACGUCAGUGAGAAAGGACAGGUGCUGCAUAGAGUUUGAGCUGUUAAGUUACAACCUAGGGAAAAAGACCGGGAACUACUGUACUGUGUUCUCUUGAAAUUUUUGGCCCAGUAAGCUGCUACAUCCAGUUCAACUAACAAAAUCCUGUAUACCACAGAGAAGAAUAAAGAGAAAACCAAACUGACAAACAUCCUUCUUUUAUUUAAGACCAAACUGCAGCUGGAAUACCCAGUACAGUUCUGCUUACUACACUUCAAGAAAGAUCUGAAAGCGGAAAAAAGAACCAAAGAAGGGCAGUUGAAGCGACCAAAGGGUGGGUGGAAGGUGCUGCAGUAUGAAUACUGUACGAAUAUUUUGACUCUGGUCUGAAAAGAUAAAAGAAUUAUCGAAAACUACAUGGAAUAAUUGAAGUCCCUUCAAGUUUGAAAGUAAGCAUUUUAGGACAAAUAAAAGGAAAUUCAACUUUGUACUUGUGGAAACUAAUCCCUAAAUAUGAACAGGUUUAUAUUGACUCAUGGGUAGCCGAUCCAUGAUAAGUUACUGGAAACUAGGAUGUCUGAAUAUCAAGGAAGACAGCCAUAGUCUCUUAACAGUGCCUCUCUUGGUCUGUCUCAAAUUAAAUUUGGAUGGUAAAGGUGUGGUCCAAUAUAAAGUUUUUCCUAGUUAUCUCUUAAAAGUCAGUUCCACGUAAUGCCAAUGUUGGCAAAUCUUGCCUUUGUUUAUUCCAGUGCCAGUAUUUUCUGCUUAACUGUUUGUUUAGUUGGCAUCUGAGUUUAUUUACUUAUAUACGACAUACAGUUUACAUCUAACCACUCCUUCCCAGGCUGAUUCCACUUAUACUUGAUAUCCACCACGAGGGCCCAUCUCUUCUCACCUCCUGUGUAGACAGUGUGUUCAACAGACACUUACUGAACCCUUACUAUGGGUAAGACAUACUGGAUAAUUGGAGGGGAGAAGAGAUUAUUUAGUAAAAUCUACUGAGCACAAUCUAGUGAAUCAUUACAGUAUGACCUUAUUAUCUUGGGGUGUAUUAUGGUAAUUUAUACCACUCAUAUCCUAGUGUAAUUAUAAACCCAAUAUACUAUCAAAGGAAAGUAAUUUUAUGGUUGUCUGCCAUUUAAAAGUAUCUAGCAUUUGUUGUAUCCCAUUACUACAAAUAAUGAAGAAAGCCUGUGAUAAGCUGAUCUGUUGUGCAGUGAUUAAUAUACUAGAGUAAGAUGAAGUUGUUAACUCUUGACUCUGUCAAACAAAUAGGUAACCCCCAAAAUAACAAGUACUUAACUUUACAUUAAAGCAGACCCUGGGUGCUAUAAUUAGAUUACUUUGAGGCAGACAGCUGUUAUCCCAAUGGACUUAGUAUAUUCUGUAUUAAAGAAAGUGUUUACCGGAUAAGACUUUUUAGUGAUCUACUUGUACAUUUUAUAGGGGACAUAUUCUGUGUAUAGUUAAUAAAUAACUUUAUAGUGUCACAAA